ACUCUGUUCAUGGUAAAUGAACAGCUGUGUCGGCUUCGAGGCUCACCACAGGACUUUAGAGGUAUCCCCACAGUGCUCUUCUGUGGCGACUUCCACCAGUUCCGUCCCAUACAGGAGAGGUCUAUCCUGCUACCCAGCACAGCCACUUCAUGGUUUGAACAGGAUUCGUUCAGGGUAGAACAGAGGCGCCAGCACGAUAAGGCUUACGCUCUGUGGAGGAGAUUCAUCACCGUUGUCAUGCUGAAUGAGCAGAUCCGCGCUGCCGGCGACCCGGAACUGCGAGGUCUUCUGACGCGGAUCCGGCUCGGAAUCCAGUAUCAGUCAGAUAUCGACCUCCUCAAUAGUCAGUGCUAUCAGGAAGGCAGGCGGAUACCAUGGGAGUCGGGCAUCACAGUCGCCACCCCGCUCAACAGGAACCGAUGGAACCUUAACAUGGAAGCCACUCUGGCCUUCCAAAGGCAGCACCAAGCCGCAAUGCGCAUCUUCAUAUCCGACCAUAAAUGGAAGGACGGUCAGCCGACGGAAGAAGAGGCCUUCAUGAUCCUCAACCAUGGCGACGACAGCGCCAUUCCCGUGUCGGCCAUCUUCAUGUUCGUUCCGAGCAUGCCCGUCGUCGUCAACCAAAACACGCAUCAGGGUCUCAAGCUCGUCAACGGGGCCAGCUAUACAGCUUUGGAAGUCAUCGUCGACAAGGCUUCUCCAGGAUACCAGGUCUCGGCGGAUACGACACUCCACUUUGGACCCCCGGCGGGCAUCCUGCUCUCGGCGGAGACGACUAGGAACUUCCACUUCGUCGGCAUGCCGGCCGGGACGAUCCUGCUCACGCCGAUGAGCAUCAAGAUAGAAUGCCAGCGGAAACAUCCUUGGCAGCAGCAUGACGUUACUCGGAAAGGCCUGCCGUGCACACCAGCAUUCGCAUGCACCGACUACAAGGUCCAAGGGAGGACGCUGAGCAGGGUAGCCUUAGAACUGCGAGGAACUAGGACGACAAAUAUCGAUAGCGAGAUAGUGCCAAGCCAGUGCGACCCAUACAGUCUAUCCCAUCGACUGUCACGCUGCCCGUCGCUCGACGGCAUCAUGCUCGUGUCUAGAGCGCGUGAGAGGGACCAGGUCGGUAAUAAAAUUUCCGCUGACAUGGCAGGUGCGGAGGCUCGGCUUGAACUGCUGAGCCGGGAGACGGUAGAGAAAGCCCAGAGCUGGCUGUAUGGGUAG